AUGGCUUCAUCAAACUUCUUAUAUUUCUCCCUUGCUCUACUAAUCAUCACACUCUCCUCCAUACCAAAUUCCACUUCUGCUUCUUUGAAGGAAGCCAAUGCUCUUCUUAAAUGGAAAGCAAGCCUUGAAAUCCCAAACAACUCCUUUCUCUCUUCAUGGCUUCCCCUCCCUAUGAAUUCCAAUGCAUCAGUUCCAUGCAGUUCAUGGUUUGGAGUAGUUUGUAAUGCUGAUGGGAGCAUUCAGAGGCUAAACCUCAGUUCAUCUGGCUUAAAGGGAAACCUGCACCAGCUAACCAUCUUGUACCUAUACUUAAACAAUAUAUCUGGUUCAAUUCCUUCAUCAUUGGGUAAUUUAACAUCUUUGAAUGUCCUUCGUUUGCACCAAAAUCAACUCUCCGGUCCCAUUCCUAUUGAACUUGAGAAUUUGAAGUCUCUCACUGAUCUUCAGUUGAGUGAAAAUCAACUUAAUGCUUUCAUUCCUUCAUCACUAGGAAACCUAAGCAACCUACAUUAUUUGUACCUCGAUGAUAAUAGAUUAUCUGGUCCCAUUCCUACAGAACUUGGGAAUUUGAAGUCUCUUAUUGUUCUUACGUUAGAUCACAAUCAACUUAGUGGUUCAAUUCCUUCAUCACUAGGAAACCUCAGCAACCUACAGUCUCUGUACCUCUAUGAGAAUAGAUUAUCUAGUCUCAUUCCUACAGAACUUGGGAAUCUGAAGUCUCUCACUAAUAUUGGUUUUAGUGACAAUCAACUUAGUGGUUCAAUUCCUUCAUCACUAGGAAACCUCAGCAACCUACAAACUUUGUAUCUCUUUAAAAAUAGAUUAUCUAGUCUCAUUCCUACAGAACUUGGGAAUCUGAAAUUAUCUAGUCUCAUUCCUACAGAACUUGGGAAUCUGAAGUCUCUCACUAAUAUUGGUUUUAGUGACAAUCAACUUAGUGGUUCAAUUCCUUCAUCACUAGGAAACCUCAGCAACCUACAAACUUUGUAUCUCUUUAAAAAUAGAUUAUCUAGUCUCAUUCCUACAGAACUUGGGAAUCUGAAGUCUCUCACUAAUAUUGGUUUUAGUGACAAUCAACUUAGUGGUUCAAUUCCUUCAUCACUAGGAAACCUCAGCAACCUACAAACUCUGUAUCUCUUUAAGAAUAGAUUAUCUAGUCUCAUUCCUACAGAACUUGGGAAUCUGAAGUCUCUCACUAAUAUUGGUUUUAGUGACAAUCAACUUAGUGGUUCAAUUCCUUCAUCACUAGGAAACCUCAGCAACCUACAAACUUUUGACAAUCAACUUAGUGGUUCAAUUCCUUCAUCACUAGGAAACCUCAGCAACCUACAAACUCUGUAUCUCUUUAAGAAUAGAUUAUCUAGUCUCAUUCCUACAGAACUUGGGAAUCUGAAGUCUCUCACUAAUAUUGGUUUUAGUGACAAUCAACUUAGUGGUUCAAUUCCUUCAUCACUAGGAAACCUCAGCAACCUACAAACUUUGUAUCUCUUUAAAAAUAGAUUAUCUAGUCUCAUUCCUACAGAACUUGGGAAUCUGAAGUCUCUCACUAAUAUUGGUUUUAGUGACAAUCACCUUAGUGAACUUGGGAAUCUGAAGUCUCUCACUAAUAUUGGUUUUAGUGACAAUCAACUUAGUGGUUCAAUUCCUUCAUCACUAGGAAACCUCAGCAACCUACAAACUCUGUAUCUCUUUAAAAAUAGAUUAUCUAGUCUCAUUCCUUCAGAACUUGGGAAUUUGAAGUCUCUCACUAAUCUGGGUUUUAGUGAAAAUCAACUUAGUGGUUCUAUUCCUCCAUCGUUGGGUGAUCUGACAUCUUUGAAUGUCCUUUAUUUGUACCACAAUCAACUCUCUGGUCCCAUUCCUAUUGAAUUUGGGAACUUGAAGUCUGUCACUGAUCUUGAGUCUCUUACUCAUCUUGCGGUGGGUAACAAUCAACUUAAUGGUUCUAUUCCUUCAUCACUAGGAAACCUCAGCAACCUACAGACUCUGUACCUCUUUAAAAAUAGAUUAUCUAGUCUCAUUCCUUCAGAACUUGGGAAUUUGAAGUCUCUCACUAAUCUGGGUUUUAGUGAAAAUCAACUUAGUGGUUCUAUUCCUCCAUCGUUGGGUGAUCUGACAUCUUUGAAUGUCCUUUAUUUGUACCACAAUCAACUCUCUGGUCCAAUUCCUAUUGAAUUUGGGAAUUUGAAGUCUGUCACUGAUCUUGAGAUGAGCAACAAUCAACUAACUGGUUCAAUUCCUUCAUCAUUGGGUAAUUUGACAUCUUUGAUUUUCCUUUAUUUGGCCCUAAAUCAACUCUCUGGUCCCAUUCCCAUUGAACUUGGGAAAUUGAAGUCUCUCACUGCUCUUACGGUGAGUAACAAUCAACUUAAUGGUUUUAUUCCUCCAUCUUUUGCAAACCUCAGCAACCUUCUGUUUCUGUCUUGUCGUGAAAAUAAAUUAUCUGGUUCGGUUCCACAAGGAUUGGGAAAUCUAGUUGGGCUUGAGCUGUCAUAUAAUCAUUUUUCUGACAAUUUGCCUGAAGAUUUGUGCCAUGGGGGAAAGCUUCAAAAGUUAAUAGUAAAUGGUAAUCAACUCACUGGCCGUAUUUCAAGAGGCUUACAGAAUUGUCCAACCUUAAUUAGGGCUCAUUUUGAUCGAAAUCAUUUCAUUGGAGAUAUAUCCAAUAGCUUUGGCAUCUAUCCACGUUUAAAAUACGUUGAUAUCAGUCACAAUAAUUUUCGCGGGCAGCUUUCUCAAAACUGGAGUAAAUGCAAGAAUUUGACAUCCUUAGUGAUGGCCUAUAACAACAUCAGUGGUAGCAUACCACCAGAGUUUGGAAAUUCAACUCAACUACAAAGACUUGAUCUUUCUUCCAAUCAUUUGGUAGGUGAAAUCCCAAAGGAGUUUGGGAAGAUGAAAAGUAUGUUGAAUUUGUUCUUGGCUAAUAACCAACUUUUAGGUAUUAUACCUCCACAGCUCGGAUUUUUAAAACUUCUUGAAGUACUCGAUCUAUCCACAAAUAGAUUGAAUGGGUCAAUACCAAAAAGUAUUAGUCAAUGGGAACAUAUCCACUACUUGAAUCUUAGUAAUAACAAACUCACUGAGAAAAUUCCAUCUGAGAUUGGUAACUUAGUUCAUCUUACGGAACUUGAUUUAUCUCAGAAUUUGCUCACAGAAGAGAUACCAUCUGAAGUUCAAAGUUUGAAAAAUCUACAAAAGUUGAAUCUUUCUCACAAUAGACUAUUUGGUUCUAUUCCUAAUGCUUUUACUAGUUUGCCUAGUGGCAUUGACAUCGACCUGUCCAACAAUGAACUCACAGGUCUGGUUCCCCUUUGCUCCAACUUUGUGAACGCAUCCUUAAAAGGCAAUCCAGGUUUGUGUGGAAAUUAUAUGUGA